UAGAAAAAGAAAAAGGCUUCUUAGUUCUUACCUUGCCCUCUGAAAAUGUGGAUCCUGAUGACGUAAACAGAUUCAAGAAAACAAAAACACCUGAAAAAUGUUCAAAUCAGGAAGAUGGAAGGGUCAAAACAACAAGAUCAAAAUCAUGUUUCAACUGCAGUUUCAGGCAACUCAGGUGCCAAAGAUGAAAGGAAAAGGUUUGAUGAUAGCUUUGCUUCAGGAAGAUACCGCGAAACCCGCAGCUAAACUGAAGAAAGUUCCAAUAGUUGAUGGAACUUGUACAUGGGAAGAACCUGUUUAUGAGAUGGUUAAAUUGGUUAAGGAUCAAAAAACAGAAACAUAUAAGGAGAGAAUUUAUUACUUUAAUGUGCAAACAGGAUCUUCAAAAUCAGGAUUUGUAGGAGAAGUGGGAGUUGAUUUUGCUAACUUUGUAGGGAUAACUGAACCUGUUCAGCUUUCUUUGCCACUCACAACUUCAAACAAUGGUGCAAUUCUACAUGUUUACAUUCAAAAGAUGCAAAGAACAGAUGAACUGAGGUAAAAGAAAGUGACAUUGUUCAAUCUAAUCUCAUCGAUAUCAUAUUCGUUAAUAUUCGGGGGUAUUACAGGACGUUUGGAGAGAAUGAGUCUCUAUCGUCUGAAUCAUUCAGAUCAAAGAAUCAAGCAAGUGAUAGCAUUGAAAAUGGCAACUCAAACCCUGUGAAUAAACAAAGAUCAAGCACCGAUUGGUCUUUCGGUUCUCUUUCAGACAGAAGUAUGGGUGAUACAUUAAAAAGCCCGCAACACAGCUACACCGAAGCAUCAAAAGAUGACGUACACGCGUUAAAAAGUGAGGUUUCCAGGUUGGAAAAACAAGCGGAAUUAUCUGCGCUGGAGUUAGAAUCGCUUCGUAAGCAAAUUCUAAAAGAGAAUAAACGAUCACAAGAUUUGUCGACAAAAAUGAGUGAACUCAACGAAGAAAAUGAAGCGCUGGAAACAGAAUGUGAUGAGAUAAAGGAAGAGUUAAAGUACGAAAAAAGUUUAAAUAAAGAUUUGGUUAGAAAAAUGGAGGGAAAGAAUAUAGAAAUAUCUCAUCUUGCCGAAAAUAUUGAUGCGUUGUAUGCUCGAUUAGAACUCGAAAGGAAAGAGAAGGAGGAAUUAAAGAUCCAUAUUGAAGAUAAUGAACUUCAGAUUAAGAGAUUAGAGGAAAAGAUAAUGAAUCAGGCAUUGGAGAUCUCGAAAUCGUUGGAUAAAAACGAAGAAUUCGAGACACAUAUUAUAAGAUUAGAGAAAGAAUUAGAGAAACAAGCACAUGAAUUUGAAAAUGAUGUACAAGAUCUAAUGAAACUUAAAAUAGAGCAAGAGGAAAGAGUUGUACAAGCAGAAGAGGCUUUAAAAAAGUCAACGUUGACCAAUGCUGCAGAAGUAGAGAAACUUUGUGACCAAAUUAAUCAGCAAAUGGAACAAAUUAAGCAAAUUUCAUUAGAGAUUGAAGCUUAUAAAGAACAUGGAGAACAUAACUAUGAUUUGAAAGAAUUAAAUUCAUUAAAGAAGGAAUCGACAAGUUGGAAAAGUUCAAUAAGCGAAAAAAACGUUAUGAUUAGAACUUUGAAGUUGGAACUGAAAAUGCUAAGAGGUGAUUACAGUGGAUUGAAAGAAAAGUUGUCCGAAAUCGAGUCGGAGAAAGAUAACCUACAGAAAGAGGUUUCUAAAUUAGAGAAAAAACAUCUGAAUCUGGUAAAGGAAAAGGAAAGUAAAGUAGCUUGUGAUGUCACCACUGGGAAGCAUGAUGAGAGAAGAUCUAUAUUGGAAUUAGAAAAAAGCAAUGAAGGAAGAUGCUCCGAGGAAAAGCCGUUAACGCACAUUUUUAGUCACAAUGAUGAGCAGAAACUCAACAACUUACUGCAUGAAAUAUCAUCAAUGGAUGAAAGGAACAGACACAUGGAAAGUGAGCUGAAAGAAAUGCAAGAAAAGUAUUCAGAAGUAAGUCUUAGAUUUGCUGAGGUGGAAAGUGAAAGGCAACAACUGGUAAUGGCCUUGCGUAAUCUGCAAAACAGUAAGAAGAAAUAA